CUGCUAAAGAUAACGGCGACUCUGUGCGCGCUGUGGUUGGCCGCGGCUCUCCUGGCCAUUACGUUAUGCUUACUCCACACACACAGGCAGUUCGAAGAGAGGGAAGACGUAAUGGUUUGAUUCCCUGUGCACUUGCCAUGGUCGUCGUCCUGACAUUACUCGGCAGAUUCCUCGAACGGGAGGUCCAAUGAAGGCCGGGGCAUCGUCCAUGUGGGCGUCAUGCUGCGGGCUGCUGAACGAGGUGAUGGGCACGGGCACGGUGCGGGCGCAGCAGCCCGGGUUCGGGGCGGGGGCCGGGCCCUUCCGCUUCGCCCCCAGCGCCGGAUACUCCACCUACCCCCCCACCAGCUCAGGGAGCGCCGGCCAGCUGUGCAAGGCCUGCGGACUGGCCUUCACCGUCUUCAGACGCAAGCACAUCUGCUGCGACUGUAAGAAGAGUUACUGCGCCCUGUGCUCGGUGCUGCAGGAGAACCUGCGCUGCUGCACAACCUGCCACCUGCUGCGCGGCACGGCCUUCCAGCGGCCCCGGCUCAUGCAGCUCCGGGUGAAAGACCUGCGCACGUACCUGCUGCUGCGCAACAUCCCCACGGACACGUGUCGGGAGAAGGAGGACCUGGUGGACCUGGUGAUGUGUCAUCAGGGGUCGAGGGAGCCCCAGAGUGCGGUGCUGGAGGUGGAAGAGGACGAGGAGGAAGAGGAUGAGGAGGACGAGGAGGAGGAGGAGGAAGAGGAGGAGGAGGACACACACGAGGAGGAGGAAGACGAAGGGGGAGAUGACACAGACAGUCUGCACUCGCUCCCCCACUCGCACGCCGCCUCGCCCCGCUCCGCCACCCGCUCCGCCUCGGAACAGUCAGUCCUCUCCGCCUCUCAGGGAGACGUGCUCAGCCCGAGUGACAGCUCAGGGACCACCAGCCAGGAGCACGAGGAUACUCCAACGGCGUCCCUCUUGAACCUGGAGCCCACGGAAAAUAUCAUAGAGGUCAGUCCGGCCACACAGAGGAGGAUCAGGGCUUCCCUGUCUGAUCUGGACACCGAGGAGGCGAUAGAGAACCUCUCCGUCCGCCAGCUCAAAGAGAUUCUCGCCAGGAACUUCGUCAAUUACUCCGGCUGCUGCGAGAAGUGGGAGCUGCUGGAGCGAGUGCACCGGCUCUACAGAGAAAACGAGCUGAACAGGAAAUCCAUGGAAAAUGUGAGCAUAACUACAGUGGUUGCAUAUCCUCCACCUCUCUGCAACAGUGGUGUUGGAGAUGGUGUCAAAGCUCAGCUGACGGCCGACGAAAACCUGUGUCGCAUCUGCAUGGACGCCAUCAUAGACUGCGUGCUGCUGGAGUGCGGCCACAUGGUCACCUGCACCAAAUGUGGGAAGCGGAUGAGCGAGUGCCCCAUCUGCAGGCAGUACGUGGUGCGGGCCGUGCACGUCUUCAAGUCCUAAAGACUCCAGAGCGUGUGCGUGGCGGAGCGGCCCCCCCCUCGGGCGAGCACACGUGGGGCCCUAGCUCUGACUUCACCAUCGAGGAAGAGGUGCUGUGCAUGACGUCUCACAUGGGGGGGGGGGGGGCUGAUGCUGCAGCGGGCGUGAGCAACUCCCCCCGAAAGUCAGGCGGUUGCCUCUGGCCUGGUCUGGUUCCCCCUCCUCCCCUCUUUACUAACUCAUGCUCCAGUCCCACUGCUCCUCCCGGGUGGACCGUCAUCAGCUGCACCGGGAAACAAACACACACCCUCUCUCUUCAUCUCUCUAGGGUCUGAUAAACACACAGCAGACCCCCCCACACACACACACACAUACACCCCUGCCAUCCCUUUCUACUCUCUUUCGAGAUCCGACUCGCAGGAGAGGAGGUGGAGAGGACGGGGGUCCCGCGGUGACUUGAAGCCGAAUCGGUUUGUUUCCGACGCAGCGCGAUGAGAAAUGUACGACCCCAGGGUGAGAGUGGAUACGGUUUACACAGUCAUGCCACAUGACGCCGUGGGCUCUCUCCCUCAGUGUUCUUUAGGAUGUGCAAUAUCAGAGAAAAAAUACAAUUUCAAGAGACUUACUCACACGUGUUUUUAGUCGUCUCACACGCAGAAGGCUGUGAGGUGCCAAACGUCAUGCCUUUGUCUGAUGAUUGGGUUUAGGAUUUCACAUCAGUAGCGACAUCUCAUAACCAGCAAGCUCGGUGUGAUAGUUUACUCCUUUUUUUUUUCUUUCUGUUUUUCUCAAAUGAACUUUAGGAAAUAAAAGUAAAUGUUUGAACACCUACUGUGUGACUGUGCUCUGACAUUUCCCUCGACCAGAACGCGGUGCACAGACGCGACUCCUGCCACCGACAUGCUGCACGGUGUCCCUGCUGAGUGUGGGAGUUCAUUCUUGACCUUUGACCUUUGAGAUAGCAGUACGACGGGAAACGGAAUCAAAACUUUGGACUCGUUCACAAACGGUCAUGGAGGUGUUUCAGUUGACUUGGAGAUCAUAGCUGUGUCUCAGUUCAUCUAAUGCUACACAGGUUGAAACAAAACCAAGGGGCAUAAAAACAGCUCUGUUGAUAGGUGACACCAGUAAGAUGAUGGAGAUGGGGAUGGUCAUCCCCUGCAGACCAGACCUUCUUGUUUUAAUCUGGCCUUUGUGGUCUCUGCGUGGCCCAGGAAGGAGGUGGUCUCCUUGGGGUCGUGUAGACCGCGUCCUCUGGAGGAUGCAGCCCAUGAAUUGGGACACAGCUCAUAUGAGGCCCUGAGGAAGACGUUUUAAUGACCUGUUCAUCUUUCAUUUUAAUGAAACUAGUUGGUUUGGUUUGGAAGCAGGGGCCACGCCUCAAACAUACCUUUAAUCACAUGUCAACUUACAUCUGGUCAACCCUUCACGCUCUGUUUGUCUCAGAUACUUCGACCCAUCCUUUCCCUUCCCGUCAUCCCUUCAUCCUCCUUUCCCAUCCCGUCAUCCUCUCCUCCCUCCCUCCCUCUUUUUCGGUAUGGUGCAUGCCUCUUGCAUGUCUCGUUUUCGGUCCUGUCUGGCUGAAGGGGGG